CGGCAUCAUUCCGCGAUGUGACGUUUCGCAGGAACAUGGCUGUUCUGGAGAGAGUCGCUUCAUGACAGCAGCCGGGGCCCAGCUGAAAUCUGAGGCUGUGAAGGUGUAAAUAACGCGGUCAGGCAUGCCGGGUGGUGGGAGCUGAUCAUCCCUUUGUGUCCAUGGACGACACACGUGUCUGCUGUCGUCAGCUGGAACUGUAGCCCGCUAUUAGCUGGAGGAGCCGAGCUAAACACGGCCCGAAUAUGCAUCCCUGUAGCUCCCGUCGUCGUUUAUUGGUCAUUAAUGGUUAGAGCACUUUAAUUCGGCGUCAUAUCAGCCUUUUAUUUAGGGACGAAGGUUUCAGAAGGCGAGUGUUUGGUCGGCUAAUCGUGGAGGAUGGGGAGCCGCCAUGGAGCUGUGUUGUUGCUGCUGUUGCUGAGUCUGUGUGGAGCUGUCCCUCUCCACGGUCCACACACAGGUGGAAGCACAGGGGACACUUUGACUGUGUCUCUUUACCUGUCCCUGGUGGUGUCAUUGACUGUGCUGGUGGCCUUGGUCGUGUUGGCAGUCAACUGCGUGACCUGCUGCAAGGAAAGGGAAAUCAACUUCAAGGAGUUUGAAGACCACUUUGAUGAUGAAAUCGACUUCACCCCGCCCGCAGAGGACACGCCUUCUAUGCAGUCCCCAGCUGAGGUGUACACCCUCGCUGUGUCCCCCGUCCCCCUACCUGGACCACCACAUCUCCAGCCUCUUGCCAGCAUUACUGAGGUUUCUGCUGGCUUCCAGGUGGGACGUCACAGUUUAAGUUACAUCCAAGAGAUCGGACACGGCUGGUUUGGCCAGGUCCUUUUGAGUGAAAUCUACACAGACCCAGGGGGAACUAGAGUGGUGGUGAAAGAAUUAAAAGCUAAUGCUAACGCUAAGGAGCAGAAUGACUUCUUGCAGCAGGGGGAUCCAUACAGAGUGCUGCAGCAUCCAAACAUUCUCCAGUGUGUCGGACAGUGUGUUGAAGCCAUCCCCUUCCUGCUUGUUUUUGAGUACUGUGAAAUGGGGGAUUUGCGGGGCUAUCUGUCUCAGCAGGAUUGGACGUUCAGAAACGCUGACUUGCUGCAGCUGCAGAGGAUGGCCUGUGAAAUUGCUGCUGGUGUCACUCACCUUCACAAACACAACUUCUUGCACAGUGAUUUGGCUCUGAGGAACUGUUACCUGACCGCAGAUCUUACAGUCAAAGUGGGAGACUAUGGAAUCGGACCCUUCAGAUACAAAGAGGAUUAUAUCAUCACAGAAGAUGAUAUAUUCGCACCUCUUCGCUGGCUGGCGCCCGAGCUGGUGGGGGAGCGCCAUGGGGGUGUAGUGACUUUGGAGCAGACCAAGACCAGCAACGUGUGGGCUUUAGGGGUCACAUUAUGGGAGCUUUUUGAGAACGCUGCUCAGCCGUACCCGCAUCUGUCUGACCGCGAGGUUCUCAAUCACGUGAUCAAGGAGCAACAACUCAAACUGUUCAAACCACAACUCGAGCUUCCUUAUUCUGACAGAUGGUAUGAGGUCUUGCAGUUUUGCUGGCUGUCUCCAGACAAGCGGGCCACAGCAGAGGAGGUCCACCGUCUGCUCGUCUAUCUGCGCAUGCAAGGCCAGAAGGACAUGGAGGAAGAUUUCGAUCAGCGCUGGGAUGCACUGAAGCCUAACCCCUCCGCCCGGCAGACCACCAUCAGCCACUCAUCCUUCCCAAUCCUGGAUCAGUUUGCUGACGAUGCCCUGCGUCAUGAGAUCGACGAGGUUCUUACCGUCACAGAAACGAGCAAAGGUCUGAGCUUUGAGUACGUGUGGGAGGCAGCCAAGCACGACCACUACGACUCCACCCAUGCACGCUCAGACCUGGACACAACACUGAACUAUCACAGCAUGUUCUUUCCUCUUUCAAGGGAAGAUAUCCAGGCGCAUUUCCCUGAUCCUUUAACCAGGGCAACAAGGGAUGAAAACGGUAAUACUCCUUCAGGAAUUACUGGAAUUGUACCAGUGUUCGAUGCGCAAAAGUCAUCUAAUGGCAAUGAAUACUAUAUACAGCUGGAGGAACAAGGGGAGAGCACUGUUGGGGGGGAUAUGAACAGAGGGCAGGACAUGGGCUUUGCUUCAAGUCGGCAAGAUUUUGUCGUUCUUCAAGAUGUCCGUCUGGAUGAGUCUAGCACAGAUGCGGACUUUUUCCACCAAAGCAUCGAUUCAAAAGAUUCAUAUUUACCCGACAGCCACGUUUGGUCGUCCCUUGAGAACGACAGUCCGUACCACACCAACAUUUUCACUGAAGAGGGGUCAAAGCAAGAGGACUCUCCCCCCUGGAGGAAGAACUACAUGGAGCUUCCAGAGCACAACGGAAACCCUUUCCAUGACAAUGCUUUAGAGGUCCAAGACGCCAAUACAACUCGAAGCUACGGGGAGUCUUUUUUAGAGGAAGCCUCUCAUCCGUCACUUUCUUCGGAAAGGGAGAGGGAGAACGCGGAUGUGAAGGGGCUUCUCAGUUAUGAAAAACUGGCCGAUAACUUUGUGUUUCUCCGAGACCAGGGCCUGAUGAAAGAAAGCUCUGUUUUUUCCAGCCCACAGCAGAGUUUUCUCUUACCUGGCACAGUCCACGAACCAGAGGACGCGUUCAAAAUGAGUUCUUGGGACAACCUUGCGACUUUAGGCAGCUUCGACAGCUCCGAUACAUGCUUAGAACCCGCUGCGAGUAGCACAUCCUCAAGACAUGAACUUUUGGACUUUCCAAACACCAACUUGGGAGAGUCAUGUGAGUCUCUGGUGGAAAAUGAAACACUGGUGCCUUCAAUUACAGUCGUAGAGGAUAACAAACGAAACCAGCUGCCAGUUGAAAACAGUUCUUCCAUUAAAGACCUCGGUCCGCUACAAUCCUCAGAUGGAGGGGGAGACUCUUGCUUUGAUUCCACCUCAGAGAAGUUUGAGGUUACGCUCAGUGAAUCUGACGGCCACACCCCUGCGUUCUCUGACAGUGCCACUUUAGACUCGUGCACAGAUGCCAAUAUUCCCAGCCUUGAAGAUGACCUGGAGACCUCAAAGGCCAGUGCUGAGCCCACGGGAAUCAAAAUGCCUGAAUAUCUUCCAGAUCAAAUGCUGUCUCCAGAAAACGAACACAACGAAGACUUGACGAGUAACGAUCUGAUGAGCGAGCUGAUCGAGGAUCCAGACAUCGACUUGGAAACCACUCUGUCUGAUCAUGAAGAAUCCUUCAUGGAAACCAACGGGCAUCCACGUGUUAGAUCUUCCCUCUUGGUGUCUGGUCCUUCUUUGGACCAAAUUAGUCAGGACAGCUUAUUAGAGGACAGCAUGUCCACCACUGUUCCAACUGUAGACAUUUCCGCUGAAACGCCAGACUCGCUAGACUCUCUGGACAUACAUAAACUAGGAGAGCAGGGAGAAGAGCUGAAUGUUCAGGUAGCCCCACAUAAACUCCAGCCACCGUACAAAAUAUCAGACAGCGGCUACGAGACCGAAAACCUGGAGUCUCCGGAGUGGAACUCUCAGCCGAUUGUCAGAGAUUGUUCUUCUUUAAAAAAUGGCAUGGACAUUACUGAGGAAGAGGAGUCGGAGGAGCUCACAGCUUCGGCAAAUUUGGUUCCACCUAAAAUCAUCAUCUCUGAAGUAGAAGGGGUUGUGGAUGCUCUCGGUCCACGUGAGGCUCCACAGACAGACGCAGCUCCUGCUGAGGAACCGCCAGUCGGUAGCAGUUACAGGGACUCGGCUUACUUCUCCGACAACGACUCGGACCCUGAGAAAAAGUCUGAAGAAACGACCUCAGCGGGUGUAGCUGAAGUGGCAUGGAGCUCUGAAGGUCGAGCGAUGGAAGAUAACAAGGAAAAAGAUAUUGAUGCUUUGUUUUCUCAGCAAGAUUCCUCUUUACCUGCUGAAGGACAGGCAGAAGUUGGAGACGGCCAUGUUGUGGAAGAAGCUUCAGAAACCAGAGAGCAACUUGACGACAAGGUGAAAGAGUCUAGUAGCAGCCACGGCGAUGGCGAGCAUAAACCUGAGCUGUUGGACGCUCCUCCAAAUCAGACGAGCUCUUCGGAAGCUGUAGGAAUCUCAGCACCUUCUUCUGCAACGCCGUCAGAGUCGGAGCCGGAAAGAACGGCUCACGCCAAACUAACCAGGACCUACGCCAGCGACGGACUCAAAAUCAAAGAGCCGGAUGUGGAGGGGCGGUACCUCGGGAGGCGGGAUGGCUCGGGCUCAGACGGACAGGAAGACGGCGUGGAUGCUGAUGAGGAGGACGAAAACAGCGACGACUCUGACGACGACAUCCGCGCAUACCAGAUGCACAGCUCCAGCACCGACAGUGAGGAUGAAGCUGAGCACACGGUGCCAAUUAUCGUGUCGGAUGACAGCAGCUCCAAGAACCUGAAGAGCUUGUUGAAGCCCACGACACUGAACAUCAACGCCUCCACGUCUCCACAGUUCCUCAUGAGAUGCAACGCAGAGAACGCCAGGAGAGCUGUUUCUUUCUUUGAUGACGUCACCGUCUACCUGUUUGAUCAGGAGACUCCCACCAAGGAACUAGGUGACCACUCAUCUAACAGCCAUUCGCCGGAGUUCAACAGCCCCGUUCCCACUGCCAGCUACCUGAACCGCUUUGCCAACUCUGAGAGCUCAACGGAUGAAGAAGGUGGCGGUUUUGAAUGGGACGACGACUUCACAUCCCCCUCACCCGCCUUCCUCCCCAAGACGGAUAAAAGCCCCCUCUCUAAUGCCACGUCCUCCCUGACCGCCACAACGGGACGCAUCCUGCAGCCCAGCUGGAGCAGCUCCUCCAACUACUCCCGCUUCUCCAUCUCGCCAGCGAGCAUCGCUACCUUCUCCAUCACACAUCUCACCGACUCCGACAUCGAACAAGGAGGAAGCAGUGAGGAUGGAGAGAAAGACUAAAGUGAUAAAUGAAGGGAGCAUUUAUCAUACUACUGAGAAACGAAGCUGUGCUCGACAGGAGGAGGACAGACGACGGUUUGUGGGUUUGUUUCUCUCAGGCAGAACUGUUCACAGUGGACUCGCGCACGGGACUGAAAACAGACUUUCAGCAAAUAACGCAGACACGGCCCAGUCUGAGGCACAUCACCUCUCCACCUCCAUCCAUUGAUUUCAGUUCAGUGCAAUUACAAUUUGGAAGAAAAAACUAAAACAUUAAGGAAAGCAAAAGAAAAACGGGACUAGCUUCUAAUUGUGUGCUUUAAAGACUCAUCAUGUGCAUUCCAGGUGUGUGACCGCUACUUUUGUUGUGUGUUGAAGUGCACUCCUUUACUGGGACUUUUUGUUUCACCAAAAAAAAAAAAAAAACUUCAUGAACACACUGGGCCAGAGUAACCACUACAACCAAACUGGAAUAAGCUUUUUGGAUCUCAGCAGCCCUGCAACAGAAAAUAGGAAGUCAGAUCUGUAAUGAUGCUUCUCCAUGUCGUGCGAUUAUUUAAGUGGUUGCCUUUUAUCGGGAGGAUUUUUUUUUUUUUUUUUUUUGUAAAUUCUUGAGUUUGAUCAGUCUCCUUUUUGGAGAGAAACUCCGUGUGGAGUUCUUCUGUAGCAGUAUUUGAAUAAAAAGGAUUGUGACUGUGGAUGCACCAUCCACAUGCUUAAGGUGAUUGCAAAAAUAAUCUACAGAGUUGACACACUGUAUAUUCCUUUAUGUUUAAAAAGGAACAUUUUACAGCAAGCUAAGUCGUUUUUGAGACAAGAGCGUUAUUAGUUAGGGAUUGUUGCAUCAGUCCUGACAAGGAUGUUCAAACUGUAAGACAGUUGUGAGUAAGAAUGUGUUGUUUUUUUUGGUAAAACUUUAUUUUAUCUGAAUUGUGCAGGAAGUUGUUUUGUCUCGAUUACUUGUCACUGGGUUUAAUUGUGGUGCCUGUUGAUGCUGCAGAGACGGCUGCUGUCCUCCACUGAACUAUCACUACAAAACUCCUAAUCACACGUUCGCUGGGAUUAUUGUAAAAAGGAAAAAAAAGAAAGUGGGAGAUUCUAUUUUUAAAUGUCAGGACGAAAAAAACCUGCAAGCUGUUUGUAAAGAAAUGUGCAAUGAAUUUCAUGCGUCACGAUAAAUUAGCGUGUCGAUUCAUAGGACGAUCCGGUGACGGUGGCCGUGUUUCUUCAGUGAUGUGCAGGGACUUAAAGCCUCGGGAGAACUCACUACUAGAACAAAAAAGAAAGAAAAUAAAUACCUGGCUGCUUUUAUAAUUUGAGUGUUAUCAUGGUUAGACUAGUUUAGCUUUUUUCUCCUGAACCUUAUCCAGCUGAAAUUGAACAUUUCAUUGCAUCUGAUUAUUUGCUGUCAGGGAUGUAUUCAAGUGCAGCGGAGACGGUCAGAAAUCCAGAUGUUUUUGCCCUGAUGUCGUCAUGUACAGAUCUAAAACUUCAAACUGUAGGUAGUACAGUUGCUGUAUGGACCUCGAACACAUGAGAUACUUUGUCACCGAUGACCAACUGAGUUUAAGUUGUAGUAGACCUCACCUCACCUAUAUCGUAGACAAACUUCUGUUCAAACCAGCAGCCUGUGUUUCACUUAAACUUGAACAUCUAUUUAAGGAAAAUGUUUUAUUUGACUACAGUAUACAUUUGCUUAAUCUUGCACAUUUGAAAAAUGUAACUUUAUGUUGAAAUGUUCCAAUGUAUAUAAUGGUUGUUUUUGUUUUGUUUUUUCUGUCUGUAAAUGGGGGAAAUUCUGUAACUGACUUGUGGGUAUGAGGUUCGGUUUUGUAACUUAAAGCUGAGUUAAAUCGGAGGAACAUAUCAGUCAUCAGCUCAGAGCGGUUUAAUUUAAGACACGAAAGCAGGCGCGAGUUCAUUCUGUCCUUUAAACCUGUAGAUUUUAAAUAUUUUUACUUCAUAUUGAUCAUGCUUAGUGUAAUUGAAUGAAAUGUUUAUAAUUACACUGUUUAAUAUGAAAAUAAAUGCAAAUGAACUUCUCA